AUGAUUGUACAGAGGAGAGGUCAUUUAACAAUAUACGUAACUGGAUGAAACAAAUCAAAAUGCACGCCAAUUAAAACGUGGCCAAGGUACUGGUGGGGAACAAGUGUGAUAGACCUGAUAAGAAAAUCAGCACAGAACAAGGAGAAGCAUUGGCAAGGGAGCUGGGGAUCAAAUUUUUUGAAACCAGUGCCAAAACAAAUAUAA